AUGGCCCCGGGUCUCAUGUCCGCCGACGCGAAAGGCGUCUUCAAUGCCCAGGCUGUCGAGGCCAAGUCCGCUGCCAAAGACGAUGGCGGCGCCAACGAAGGCCUCGGUGGCGGCAAGACGUUCGAGGGCCAGUCCAAGCUGCCCCACCUUCCCAUCCCCAAGCUCGAAGACACAUGCCAGCGAUACCUCUCGAGUCUGCUCCCGCUCCAGUCGCCCGAGCAGCACGCCGUAACCCAACGCAUCGUCGACGACUUUCUCCAGAACCAAGGCCCCACGCUCCAGAAGCAGCUGCAGGAGUAUGCCAGCACGCGCGCCAGCUAUAUUGAAGAGUUCUGGGACGAGAGCUACCUCCAGGCCUCGGACUCGGUCGUGCUCAACCUCAACCCCUUCUUCAUCCUCGAGGAUGACCCCACCCCGACGCGCGGCAACCAGCUCAUGAGGACCGCCAACCUCAUCCUCGCCAGUCUGGCGUUCAUCCACGAUCUGCGCACAGGCGUUCUCGAGCCAGACAACGUGCGCGGCACUCCGUUGGACAUGUACCAAUAUACACGCCUCUUUGCCACCUCGCGCAUCCCCACCGCAAACGGAUGCAGGAUGGAGGUCGAGCCCGAGUCGAGGCACAUCGUCGUCAUGCGCCGCGGUCAGAUCUACUGGUUCGAGGCGCUCGAUGAGGAGCACCGUCCGCUGCUUACCGAGCGCGCUAUGCUGGGCAAUCUGCAGGCUAUCGUGCGCGACGCCGACAAGAUCCAGAUCGACGAUGUUGCCAAAGGAUCGGUGGGCAUCCUCACCACAGAGAAGCGUCCCAUCUGGUCCAUGUACCGCGAGCACCUGCGCGAGGACUCGCACAACCGCAAGUGUCUCGAGGUCGUCGACACGGCGCUCUUUGUCGUGUGCAUGGACGACUCCGAACCCGCCGACGCUGCCGAGCUGAGCAACAACAUGCUCUGCGGAACCUACAAGCUGCAGCGCGGCAUCCAGGCGGGCACGUGCACCAACCGAUGGUACGACAAGCUCCAGAUCAUCGUCUGUGCCAAUGGCGCUGCCGGCAUCAACUUUGAGCACACGGGCGUCGACGGCCAUACCGUGCUGCGCUAUGCGGCCGACGUGUAUACCGAGCUCAUCAUGCGCUUCGCCAAGUCCAUCAACUCGGCCACCAAGAGUCUCUUCAAGGCCAAGACCAGUCCGUACGCCAAAGGCGCCGGCAAGAAGGCCAACGGUUCGUUCAGCGAGGCCGAUGCGCAGAAGGCCCAGGACGUCAACCAAGCAACGGCACCCAAGAAGCUCGAGUGGAACCUCACCAAGAAGCUCACAGACGGCAUCAAGUACGGCGAGACGAGGCUGUCGGACCUCAUCUGCCAGAACGAGUGCCAGGUGCUCGAGUUCGACCGCUACGGCAAGAACUUCAUCACAAGGCACAGGUUCUCGCCAGACGCGUAUGUGCAGAUGGCCUUCCAGGCGGCAUACUACACGCUCUACGGAAGGUGCGAGACGACGUACGAGCCGGCCAUGACCAAGGCCUUCUUGCACGGACGCACCGAGGCCAUCCGAACGGUGCAGCCGCACUCGGCCAAGUUCGUCGAGACGUACAUGUCGGAUGCCAAGACCGACGCCAAGUUGGACGCGCUCAAAAAGGCGUGCGAGGGCCAUGCGAAGCUCUCCAAAGCGUGUGCUACCGGUCAGGGUCACGACCGACACCUGUACGCGCUGCACAAUCUGUGGAAGAAGAUGCAGGCUGAGCGAUCGGACGAUCAACCAGCACCCAAGAUCUUCACAGAUGCAGGCUAUGCCAAGCUCAACCAUACGGUGGUGUCCACCUCGAACUGUGGCAAUCCCGCACUGCGCAUGUUUGGGUUUGGUCCGGUUGUGCCAGACGGUUUUGGCAUCGGAUACAUCAUCAAAGACGAUGGGAUCACGGUAUGUGCUUCGAGCAAGCAUCUGCAGACCAAGAGGUUCCUGGACACGCUCGAGGCGUACCUGCUCGACACACAGCGCAUGAUCAUCGAGACGUACAAGGCGGCCAAUGUGCGUUCGCAGUCGACGUACAUCGACCAUGCUGGUGUGGAAUGCGAUGUGCGAACAGGUCUGCCCAUCGGAUCCAAGAACAACGGCUAUUCACUCGAUUACGACCAGGUACCCGCACAGCAUUUCGGCCAGUCCGGGUACUCGUUCUUCGGAGAUGAAAAAACCGCCGCCAAAAAGGACGAACAACACAAGGAAGACUCGGCACAGAGCAGGAGGAGAAGCAGACUCGCCAGUGUCGGCAAGACCAUCCUCUACGACGAUUAUUGA